AUGUCUCCUACUCCUGAUCUUAUGUCCGGGCACCUCGGCCACCUCACUCCUGAUCAGGAAGCAAAGGUAAUUGAAUUUUGGAUCAUCAUUCUGACCUCUGUUGCAACCGUCCUGUCGGCUGUAUAUGACAUACCGAUUCCGAAGGACUCCUCCAGCAAGCUGUUUGCUGCUCUGGACAAGAUCAAUGAGCCAACGGUGGAGGCUAUUAUUAGCGCAUUGAAGGACGAAGAUACCAAUGGGGAGACCUCAAAUGGAAUCGCACCGGCGGGAUCGAAUAGCGAAACAAAUGGAGAAAUCAGAACUGGAAAUAACUCCGAUAAUAAAGAGCAGAAAUCACUGGACAAGGUGGACUCGCUCUUGAAUGAAAAUGCCAAAGACACCAUCAUUUCGGAAAUGGCCAACCGAAAGGUCACUCCAGCGCACUUCUCUUCCCUUUUCUCGCAGCUCCGACAGCUGGGCGUGCAAGAUGCAGAGAUCAAGUCCAUGGAGAAUACCCUCUCUAGGAUGACGCCUCAAGAAAUGUGUUUCGCGAUAUUGAAAAUGAUCAAGCAAGAAAACCCAGAUAGUUUAUUGCUCCGGUUCUUGCGCGCCAGGAAAUGGGAUGUCGGAAAGGCAUUCUCGAUGAUGGCGUCGAACAUCCUAUGGAGAAAGGAGAUGGAGGUUGAUGAAGAAAUUCUGCCCCGGGGAGAGGAAUAUGCUCUGGAGCAAUCCCGUAGUGCCAAAGCUACGUCAAAGGAGAAGAAGGAAGGUGCCGACUUUAUCAACCAACUCAAGAUGGGAAAAAGCUUCCUUCAUGGCUUUGACAGGGACGGUCGACCUGUUAUCUAUGCUAGAGUGAAGAUUCACAAGCCAGAUGCUCAGAGUGAGGAAGCUCUUGAGCGGUAUAUUGUUCAUGUUAUUGAGGCGACGCGACUUAUCUUGGCUCCUCCGGUUGAAACGGGCACAAUUGUCUUCGAUUUGACAGGAUUCGGGUUAUCCAACAUGGAAUACCCACCAGUCAAGUUCAUUCUCAGAUGCUUCGAAGCAAACUACCCCGAGUCUCUGGGGCAACUGCUCAUCCAUAAUGCACCCUGGAUUUUCUCCGGUAAGUCGAAUGAUUCCAUUAAGAAAUCCUCCUUUCUCAUUGCAAAGAAUACUCACAAUAUCACCUUAGGCAUCUGGAAACUCAUCCACGGCUGGAUGGACCCCGUCGUCGCAUCAAAAGUGCAUUUCACGCGGUCAAUCGCCGACCUGGACAAGUUUAUUCCGCGCAGCAAGAUCCCCAAAGAGUUCUCCGGUGACGAAAAAUGGACCUAUAAAUACGACGAGCCCGUGAAAGACGAGAACGCAGUCAUGAAAGACACCGCGACGCGCGACUCGCUAAUGUACGACCGCAUGAUGAUUGGAAUCCGGAUGAUCUCUGCAACAGCAGCGUGGAUCUCUGCCAGCUCACAGUCUGACGGGAAGGACAAGGCGUCGAAAGUGGAAGAGCUCAAGUCGCGACGGAAUGCUGUUAUUGAUGAGUUCUGCGUGAACUAUUGGAGAUUGGACCCUUAUAUUCGAGCGCGGUCGUUCAUUGAUCGAGCUGGUAUGCUUUUGCCUGGUGGUGAGCUUAAGCGGGAUGCUGUUGUCAACGGUCAGACAAAGUAG